ACAACAUUCAACAGACAAUAAAAAGUCAAACACACACAACUCUGAGCUCUCGCACACACACACACCACGGUUUUCAAAUGCCGUAAAUCACGAUUCACGAUCCUACCCCUUUCCACACGGUUUCAUUUAAGGAAGAUGAACAAGAACCGACCACCAGAGCCACUCGAUUUCUUCAUCUGGACAGUUGAGGAUGUUGGGCUUUGGUUAGUUAAGAUAAAUCUUGGUGGGUAUCAGCAAGUGUUCAAAGAAAAUGGUGUUAAUGGAGAGUAUCUUGAAGGUAUGUCUGUGUUUACAACUGAGCAAAUACUUCGCUUUAUUCGUCGCUGCCAUAUGAAAUGGGGAGACUUUAUUACACUCUGCAAGGAACUUAGGAUAAUCAAAGUGGCUUGCUUAAAGGGGGAACAAAAAGUUAGGCGACCGCGAUGGGCGCCCUCUUGGUUAUCUGCAGUCUUUGUGAGGGUGGCAAAGCGUAAUAGGCAAUCGCGUGUUGUUUCAUUGAAGAUAGAAUCUUGAUCAACUGUGGGUGUUCUUUACACUACAGCAAAUGUAGAUCAAGGUAUUGGAUGUUUUGGUACAUUCUAUCUAUCUGCUUAUGAAAGAAUCUCCUCUUUGCGUGUAUGCGAGUACAUCUUUCUUUCUUUCUUUCGUUUUGUUUGUUUUUCUCUCUUACCUGAAGAAACAUAACAUCCCUUAUAUGUUCAAAUAUACCAUCAUCUUGUGAGUUCUAUCUAUCUAUCUAUCUAUCUAGCUGUUUUUGUUUGUUGUUGUGGAAGUGGAAGAUCUGUAGUAUCUUAAGUAUACGCAGAGAGGAAAGAUUGUAUUGUUACAUUUAAAGCUUGUAAGCGCUGUUAUAUAUAUAAUGGAAGUUCAUGGAUCUCAAGAACAUCAA